AUGAAUAUGUUAGAUGCGGAUGAUGACCAAAGCUUUCACGCUACGCGUGAUGGCUACUCCCAUUUGAGCGAUGUCGAAUGGGAUGCGGUUGAACGGAUGGGUUCAACCAUGGGCAUCCAUGCUGUUAGCGUCAUGCUAGAAGCUCUCAAUAGAGAUGCCCAACAUGCUACUAUCGCCAAGUUCAUUCAAAAUGAACUUGACGCAGAACGCGAGAAAGUAGCCUUGCUUCACCAACAAGGUUCUCAACAAUCAGAGCUGUUGAGAGAACAGGUUUCUCAACAGUUUGAACUGUUGAGACAGCAGCAGGCUGCUGCUGGUGAGUCGAUGCACUCGCGUCGGCCCGAGACUUUGAAGAUUGACAUCUCUAAGUAUAGGGGAGUCGAAGAAGACUCACUCCUGAGAUGGUUUGUCGAAUUAGACGACGCCAUAAGGGCGCGUCGCAUCGACGAUGGGGAUAUGCAAGUUGCAUUUGCCCAGUCAAAUCUGGCCGGACGUGCCAAGACUUGGGCACUGGGACUCAAGUUGCACGACCCAUAUGCGUUUGGGUCAUUAUAA